AUGAUUCAUCCUCUCUUUUCAUUUCCAAUUGAUUAUCAACCAACUUAUUAAUUUGAGAACGAUAACAUGCCAAAAAAUCAAAUGAUAGAAUAUGCUAUGCAUUAAAAUAUCAAUGAUUUUCCCUUAUACCAUCAACUUUAAUACCCUUAAUAACUAGUCAAUUAUGAUAUUGUUGUUGAUCAGAAAACAUAAAACAAAACCAAGAAAUCCAAAAAGCAUAAGUAAUAUACUAAUUUUAUAUUAUAGAAAGGAUGAUAAAAAAGAGUUGCUUCCUAAAACUAAAACAUUGCAAGAAGAACCUUAAAAAGAAGAAUUGUAUUAUAUAUAGUAUAACAAUUUAGUUUGAAAACAAUAGUUUAGCCAUAAUAUCCACUAGUACAUUUUACUUAGAGUACCUUAUUACCUAAAUUACAAUCAGAUAUUGUAACAGAUGGCUCACCUCUUGGUUCAAAAUAGACUGUAAAAUCCAGCAAACACCAUCAAAUCAAAAAGCCUAAAAAAGAGCAUAUUAAUACUGGUCAUUGGUCAGCUAUUGAACAUACAACAUAUGUGAAUUUCCUAUCACAAUAUGAAAACAUAAUGAACUCAUCAAUGAUGAAGAAAACAUCAAAAAUAUUUAAACAAAUGAGUGAAUUAAUUGGUACACGUACACCAAGUCAAUGUAGAAGUCAUCAUUAGAAAUUUAAUCCUUAUGCUCAUAGAGGUGAAAAUGGUAAAAGAUUACCAAGAAAUGAAAGAAGUAGAGCAGGACGCAAAAAGAAAAAUUAAUUGACAGAUAUUGCUAAAGAUGGUAAUUAUAAUUCAAUAUUAUAGAAUAAAUAGUUGAUUAAGAUCCUUUUUAUAUGAUGUUUGAUAAAUAAUUUUACUAUAAUCCUUAUAUGGUUAAUGGGAUUGAGUAUUAACAAUUCCUGAAUGAUGUGAACCUUAAAAGAGAGGAUAUGCCUGAAUAUAUCCAUCAUGCUUAACCAUAAGACUAUGAAGAUUAUCUAAAAAUCAGACCAGAUUAUAAUAAUUAGUUAGAUUAUUGA